UCAGUUAAAAGGGGGUUGGCCUUGGAUGCUCCGUAGGGUCCCGGGCCCUCUCGCAAUCCAGGACCUCCCGACUCCUUCUAGCGACCACCUCCAAACGUAGCCCUUUCUCCUCCCCCCCAGCCUGCUCCUCUGAAGUUUGCCUCGUAAACCUCGCUGCAAAGGGAGCUCUGGGCCAGUUGCAGUCCCGGAGCCGACUCGUCGGGAGGUGCCAGAGGCAGAGUCGGGGGCGGGCGAGGAGGAGGGGUCCGGACCGCGACCCGGGGCUGGGCGAGGUGGCCUCGCCAAUCCUCCCGCCCCCCAAAGCGGGAGCCGCGUGAGCGCCAGCUCUCCGGGGUGGUGUUUCCCCUCUCCCCCCUCUCUUUCUGUCUCUGCUGCUGCAAAGGGAGGCGGGGGCUGCGGGGCAGCUUUCGGAGCAGGGGACGCCGCCCGCCCGCCCGCCUGCCUCAGGGGACGUCGGGCAAGCUGAGCUGAGCCGAGGGACGCGCACAGCCCCACUCGGGCUCGGGCUCCAGCUCCGGCACCCCUGGCCAGCCCCAGGGCACAAGGGGAGCAAGCAGCUGCCCGUCUGAGCCCCCGGCCAUCUGCGCCCGACCGGGAGCUUGCAGCUAGCUCGACUAAGACUUUGGUGGCCACGCCCUAUUGGCUCAUCUGAUGAAGUGACUCUGAGAGGCUGCCCUGCGAAGCCCCCCAAGAUGGAGAAGACAGAUGCCAGAGACCAACUGCCAUCCCAAGGGGAUGGAGAGAAAGAGCCCCCCCGCAGUCACCCGUACUCGGUGGAGACGCCCUACGGUUUCCACUUGGAUCUGGACUUCCUGAAGUACGUGGACGACAUUGAGAAGGGGAAUACGAUGAAGAGGAUCCACGUCCGUCGGAAGGCCAAGCAGCCCAAGUUCAGCACCCUGCCUCGGAACUUCAGCCUCCCCGACAGUGGCGCCAGGCCCCAUGCAGCUCCACCCCACCAGACCCGGACCUCCCUGUUCUCGGGCCUGCCCACCAAGGCGUCUGAGGAACCCCCAAGUGACCCGACUCAGCCCUUGGCCGGUGGGAGUGAGAUCAGCUACAGGAGGAGAGCACUACUGGCUGAGACCAUCCGCCAAGCGGAGGCCGCGCCUCCCUCAGAGGCCGAGCUGGAUGGCGGGAGGGGGCGGCCCCAGCUACUGAGGGCUUCCAGCAUGCCGGUGACCUUGCUCCAGCACAAGAUCCCGGAGGAGCAGGGCCUCUGCUCCGCCCUCCCCGAGCCUUCACCCCUCCCGCAGCCCCCGGAUGAAGGAGGUUUCUCAGAUGGGGCCUUUGGCCCCGCGGAAGGAUCUUCAGAUCCUCCUAGCUCUGUCCCGCAAGCAUCCACUCGGCCCCAGAUGGAGUCGGCAGGUCUGGUGCUGAUGAUUCCUGACCUUGUCCAGGACUGGCCCGAGUAUCGGGACCAGGAGGAAGAGGUGCAGAGCCACGGCUGCCUCCCUCGGCAGGCUUCCUUUCCCCAGGACCUGCCCGUGGUUUUGGAGAGCACGGAGGACGAGCCGAAGGUACCGGAGGAGGCCGUAGUCACACCUGGGACCCCCACCCCGAGCCCACCACCUCUUCCGUCCCCCAUCCCCGAAAAUGAACUCCCCCCUGAAAUAGAACUGAACAUCAGUGAACUCCCGCCUCCGCCCCCAGUGGAGAUGGACAUGAGAAGCAUCGGGAUUAGGGUGACUGAGGAGAGCCUGGGGCUGGAGCCCUGGCACUCAGAGGCCGCGGGAGCUGAGAGCGUGUCCGCCCUCAGACAGCAGAUCGCUGUCCUAGAAGCAGAGGUGUCCCAGAGAGCCGAGGAGCUGCAGAAGGUCAGGGUGGCCCUUCAGCAGCAAGGGCGUGAGAUCAGCAGCAAAGAACUGAGCAUUCAGGAGCUGAUGGGCACCAUAGCCCAGCUGAAAGAUCGGCUCAGCCACCGAGAUGCUAAAGGCAGCUGUAGCGAUGUUGCCGUGAACACCGACCCCAUCAGCCUGACAUGUGACAAGGGCACCCUGGUCAAUCUGCCUCUCGUGAUGGAAGCCGGCCCGUUGGUCACCCCCGGGCAAGGGUCACCACUGCAGCUCCUUCCACAGGAGCCUGACGCCUGCCCCCCACAAGCCACCCACAGCUAUCUCUGUACUGAGCUCAGGAUCGAAGAGCAGGACCCUGAUCAGGGUGCCAAGGCUCCCCCCAGGGGCGGGGCGGGGGACACCCCCUCGAGCCUGGGCACCAACGGCUCCUCCCCGGGCACAGAGCAGCGAAGCUCCCCUCCGGACAUCACCAUCGGCCAGUAUGUGAAGAAGAUUCAGGAGCUGCUUCAUGAGCAGUGGACCUGUCUGGAGCACGGCUACCCCGAGCUGGCCAACGCCAUCAAGCAGCCCGCGUCCAAACUCAGCUCCAUUCAGAGCCAGCUUGUCAACUCCCUCAACCUGCUGCUGUCCGCCUACUCGGCACAGUCACCACCGGAACAGGAGGGUGCUGCUGGCAGACCCCCGCCCCCGGAGAUCUCCCCGUCGACAAGUCUUAAGUCCAUAAUGAAAAAGCAAGACUAUGGCUUCCGUGCAGGAGGUAAUGGGACCAGAAAGAACCUUCAGUUUGUUGGGGUUAACGGUGGCUAUGAGACAACCUCCAGUGAAGAGACCAGCGGUGAAGACAGUGCCUCAGAGGGUUGUUCUGACAUGGAGGCGGACAAGAGGGGGGAUGGCCCAGAGCACAAGCUGGGCAGAGCUGCGGAGCAAAGCCGGCAGAUGGCCCAGGGCAUGGAGGAGGGUACCUGGAGUGUGGGCCCGGAGAGCAGCACCAGCCAGGGAGAAGCUGCCACAGCUGGUCCUCAUCACAAGUCUGAGAGAUAUAAGCCCUCAGAAGAAUUUCUGUCUGGAUGCCACCUGUUGAGCAAACAUCUACCUGAAGUUUGGACCACAACUGACCAGCAAUUGAAGCAAAGCUUGAACACCGUCAGUCAAGAGUGGUUCCGAGUCUCGAGUCGGAAGUCCUCUAGCCCCUCGAUUGUCGCAGCCUAUCUCAGUGAGUUCCAGCCCAGUGACCCCGACUUCCUGAAGCUGCUUGUCAACUUGGCAGAUGACAAUGGGAACACGGCUCUCCACUAUAGCGUCUCCCACUCCAACUUCCCCAUCGUUAAACUGCUGCUCGAGACAGGUGUGUGUGACGUGGACCACCAGAACAAGGCUGGGUACACGGCCGUGAUGAUCACCCCCCUGGCCUCAGCAGAGACAGACGAAGACAUGGAUGUGGUUGGGAAACUGUUGAAACAAGGAAAUGUGAAUAUACAGGCGGCUCAGGGAGGUCAAACUGCACUGAUGCUGGGGGUGAGCCACGAUAGGGAGGACAUGGUGAAGGCCCUGCUGACCUGCUGUGCCGAUGUCAACCUUCAGGACCACGUCGGGACAACGGCGCUCAUGGUGGCUGCUCACCAUGGCAACACGGAGAUGGUGAAACUCCUCCUGGCUCAUCCAGGCUGCGACACAGCCUUGACCGACAAGGCUGGCCACACGGCCUUGUCCCUGGCCCUGGCAUCCCCCGCCCACGGGGAAAUUGCUGAACUCUUGUGGGCCCACGCAGAGCAGGGCAGGUCCCUUGGGCCGUAGAAGAGUUCGAGAGAGGCCGGCACCCCCAAACAAAAGGAUCGUUGUGGGACUCCUCCGUGCCAGCUAUGACGGGGGGCACAGGCUGAAAUGAGACGUCUCCUUUCCUGACUUCUCAAGGGGAAGAGCUAUGUCGGCUAUGCACCCCCUUUCCUGGUGUAUCCUCCUGCUUCUAGGGCGCUUCCUGGUCUUCACUAGGCCUGGCCUCAUCAAGGACAGGGGCUGCAGGGCCUGAGAGGACAUCACUCGCUCCUUCCCUUUGGUUUGGUUUGGUUUGGUUUGGUUUUUUUAAACACCCCUUUACUCUGUAUCCCUUAUUAGCACAAAGGAUCCCCCAAGGCAAGCCCGGGAGCACAUUAGCAAAGCAAUACUUUUUACAUGAAAUUGAAAGAAUUGUGUCUUUUGUCCCCUUCGGCUUCUAUUUUAAACCAACUGGACAGGAACAGAAGUGAAGGCAAGACUGCCCAGAGAGAGGGAGGCCUGAGUUCAAGUCUUGCCUUGGACACAUAGGGAUUCCAUGACCUUGGGGAAGUCACUUCCCUCUUGGUGCCCCGGGCAGCCUUGGAGACUAGAAGGGAGAGAUGAGCCACUGCUCUGCUUGGUGGAGUGAGCGCUCCCCAAGGGUUAAGUCACUGGUCCAGCCAAACAUGCGUGCAUAUAUGUAUAGACAAGUACAUACGUCUCCAUCAUAGAACCUUAGAAUUAGAGCUAGAAGUUCCCUGUGUGUGUGUAUAGAUAAACAUAUAUGGCCCCAUUAUAGAUAGUAGUGUACAUGUAGAGUCUGACCCCCUUCUCAUUUUACAGAUGGGGAAACUCAUCUGCAGGGUCAAGCGACUUGCCCAGGGUCAUAUAGCUAGUAAGUGUGUGAGGCUGUAUUUGAACUCAUGUCUCCUAAUGUGUGCCAUAUGUAUGUGUGUUUGUAGGUGUGUCUAUAAGUGUGUGUGCAUACACGUGGAGAAAGAGCACACUCAUGUUCCUGAACUGAAGAGCUCCCUGUGGUCCACUUGCACAAGAAUCACAUUGAAGUCUUUCCACCAAUAAUACUCUGCUAUUCCACUGAUGAUCUGCCCUGAGGCAAUUUUCUAGGACCUAAACCCUUGUCAGUCUCCAUCAGUGGAGAGAGACUGCAUGGUGGGAGUUCCCUACACUUAGAAAAUCACUCCUUCACCUGUACAUAUGUGGGGAUGUAUAUACAUACUGUAUCAAUCAAUUAACGAGAAUUUAUUAAGCACUUACUAUGUGACAGGCACUGGGCUAAGU